AUGUUGAGAACAUUCUUCGGCUCGUCAGAAGUGGUCAAAAAGAAGGAGAAGAAACCGGCCAAGGAGCAUUUCCAGGCGACAACAGCCUCGACAGCACAGACGUUGACCAGCCCAUCUAUUGAAAGCAGCAGCGACAGCGAGAGCGACACUGAUAUAUCUCCGACUGGGACGACCCCUACCACCCCCCAAGUGUCAGAUUCUUCAGUGUCAGAUUCUUCAGAUGCCAGCAGCUUCUUUAGCUCCAGUGGCCAGCCAAGCUUCAUCGUCGGCAGUCACCUCAUCUUCGGAUGGCGCCUCGCUCAGUACAUGGUCAGAGUCAAGCACUCCAGCAAAGCCAAACAUUGGUCAGUAAAGGUGUACCUCAAAACUUCUGGAUCAACUAGCUGA